UAGUAUUUUUUUCCAAUAAAUUAUAAUACGCAAAUCUUGGAAAGACAUUCUCUAAUCAGAUACCCUCUCUCUCGCACUAUCCGCCAACAGCGGCUAAAAUGACCCUAUCGUCAACUGUGAGUUCCCCUGCCCAUAGACCAGGCUUGCCUUGCACAUGGACUGGCGGAAUAACAACAGCGAAAUGAAAAACGGCUGCACAUUGACAGCUCGGAUCGGUACCCGGCUGCAUAUCGUCCCUCCUGUUCUCUUACUUUUUUUUUCCUUUUGUUUUUUGCAGCUGCUUUGGCGCGGCUGAGCAGCGCAUGACAGAGUCUUUCUCAGCUGUACACAGCUUACAUUCACCCGCCCACUACUUAUAGGUACGUGAUGUACUUAGAGUAGCCACUGUAGACAUACCCCCCAAAAGCCUUGGCUUCCUCUUUUGGCGUGGAUCCUAACCCAAACCGGCUUGCGCCGCCCAAAAACAAGGCCCAGCCUACCAAAGAGGCCACCCGCAUCGGGCAUAGACGUCACCACCUCCCCCAAAAACAAAAAUAUACAUAAACAUUUACAGGAGUGACGGUUACUACACCUUCACAUACACACUGCUAUGGAAAAUACCAAUCACCACAACCUCACGACGCAACCACAACCACCACAAUGGACGUCCUCCUAAGCAUACCGCUUAUAUCGUACCUCGUCGCGCCGACGCAGACAUCAUGGUCCGCCUCCUUCAACCUCCUGUUCUUCUACAUGACCUGGGCCACGCUCAUCCUGUCGCAUUCCGCCCUCAAGGUCCAGCUCGUCGGCGUCCUCGCCAUUCGCAUCGUCCUCUGGCUCGUGCCCUCGCUCUUGUCGCUGCUUCUCGAUCUCGGCCUUCCCAGUGUCAUGGAGAGCAUCAAGCACGGCGGCAGAGCAUCACUACCACUCAGAAACGCGCGACGAAUUGGCCGCCUGCUAUUCAUGGUCAUUGUCAACAAUGCCGUGCUCCUUGGAGUCGAAGGUCUAAUUAGCUAUGCAUACCUCAACACAUAUGGCCAGACCAUCUUCCGCACCACACUUACCCUGCCGUUCCCUUGGCAAGUCGCAAAGCAAAUCGUCUACCUCUUCAUCCUCCGCGAGACGCUCCAGUACUAUUUGCACCGCCAUGUUCUUCACAGCUCCGACUCGCCUGUCGCCAAGCUUCAUACUUCAUUUGCUCAUGGUCCAGCUGGCGCUCCCUUUGCUCUCCAAGUAUAUACCGACCACCCAGUGCCCCUGCUGCUGCACCGCUUUCUUCCCAUCUACCUGCCAGCAGCCUUUAUCCGCCCGCAUCUGCUCACCUACUUUCUGUUUGUCGGCCUGUGCACGCUGGAAGAGACUCUCGCUAUGAGCGGGUACACCAUUGUUCCGGGCAUCAUCAUGUCGGGCAUCACGCAGCGAACGGCCAUCCACUACGCCACCAAGGGCAAUGCCAACUACGGCGCAUACGGCGUCGUGGACUGGGCGCACAGCACCAGCAAGGGGCGCGGCAUUCUACAGGAUCUCCGCGACGAGGCCGAGAAGCAUCAUCUGCAGGAACGCUCCGAAAGAACAGUUGGUCAGGGUCUAGAGGCUAUGAAGAGCGGCAUCAGUGCUGUCCUCAGCAGCGGCAGCGACGAGGCGAAGCCUGAAAAGAGGGCAAAGAGGGGAAGUAAGAAAUAGAGAUUCAAUGCUCCCCAAAAUGCGUGUUUUUUUCUUCUUUUUUAGUUUAGAUACCCUUUUGUGUUUUUUUUUUUUUUUUUUUUUUUUCAUUUUUGAUAGAGAUAUCCCGGUUUUUAUUUAGGUAGAGUUGAAUGGAUUUUUAAGUUUGACAGCCGUCUCAGCGCAGAUAAGCUCC